UUCCGCCCUUCAGCGAUCGAAAAAGAGGGAGUCGAGAAUCGGAAGAUCGAUUCGAGAGGAAUUUGAUCGAUCGAUCUGAGUCUCUCUCUUUCUCCCAAAUAAUUCGUUGGUGGGUUUGGAAAUCGUCGCUCCUGUUUGCUCUUCUUGAUUUCUCUUGAUUUGGAUUAAAAUAUUGCAGUUUGAGGUAGCUCUUGUGAGUGAAAAGUUUUGCUCUGUUGCUUCUCAUCUAUACUUCAAAAAACAAGGUUCAUGUCUGAUCUCGACGCCCAGAUUCCUACUACCUUUGAUCCAUUUGCUGAGGCUAAUGCUGAUAAUGCUGGUGCUGGGUCAAAGGAGUACGUGCACAUUCGUGUUCAGCAGCGUAAUGGGAGGAAGAGCCUGACAACUGUGCAGGGGCUGAAGAAAGAAUAUAGUAAAACUAAGAUCUUAAAAGACCUGAAGAAAGAAUUUUGCUGCAAUGGUACAGUUGUGGAGGACCCUGAACUUGGACAGGUCAUUCAACUCCAAGGUGAUCAGAGGAAGAAUGUGUCCACCUUCCUAAUCCAGGCCGGUAUAGUGAAGAAAGAGCAAAUCAAGAUUCAUGGUUUCUGAGUACCUCAAGGCUUGUGGUUUCUUUGCGUGUUUUAGUAGUAGGCCUUUUACUACUUUUGCUGGAGAACUUCACAUUUUAAUACCUUCUAAUAUAUGCAUUUUAUAUGCAACAAACUGCUACCUUUAAUUUCGUCUGCAUCACUUCUAUGUGUCCUAUUGUGAGACUUUAUUGUCCUUUCAUUUCGGUGACAAUGUGCUUUAAUAAUAAAUUUGUGUGUUCUCUUCUUUCAA